AUGGGCACAAAAACAUAUCCAAAAGCGACUUUGAAGAAGAUAAUCAAGGCGCACUCGAAUCAUACACUGCAGAGGGACGCCGACGUGUCGAUCUACCUUAACUAUGUGCUCUUCAUGGAAAGGUGGUACUUCCUGGUGAAAGAAGCGGCCAUUCAGUCCAAGCAGUCGGGCGAAAGAGGUCUCACCACCCGAAGUGUCAAAAAGGCUACCCGAGAUAUUCUUGCCAAGUUCAAGGGUUGA